AUGGGUGCUAGUUGUAAAGAUCAAAAAAAAGCGGUUGCCAUAUGUCUCCAGCGGUCCCCCUGUGUUAUGAUUCAAAGAAACACACCCCAAAAGUGUAUAGAGGAUCCAGAACUAAGUAGAGAGCUACCUGAAUUAUGUAUUGCACAGAUGAAAGCUUUUCUGGAUUGUAAGAGGGGUAUGGUUGACAUGACUAAAAGAUUCACCGGUAACGCUCCCUUGUCUACAGGUAGAUACGAUCAGCAAUAUGAAAAGCUAUGUAGUGGUGACUUUAAUGCAAGAGAGGAGAUGGAAAAGUUAAAACUAUUGAAUAGUAACCAAAAGGAUUAA